GUGACGCGUUCGCCUCCUCUCUAAUUAGUGAAUUUAUUAACUUUACAAGGAUAAUUUAUUAAUUAACCACAAAAAUGAUGCUUUUCAAGUUGAUUUCCGUUGCUUGCUUAGCAACUCUUGCCUCAACACAAGACUACCAAGACUUUCAAAAUGUCGGUCGACAAGCACCUUUGAGACUCAGCAGUUCAAACGAACCAAAACCCACUCCUGUGCCAAUUCUCAAGCAAAUCAACAGACACAACGAAGACGGUUCCUACACAUAUGGCUACGAAGGCGCCGACGGAAGUUUCAAAAUCGAAACGAAACUUGCCACGGGCGAAGUCAAGGGUAAAUACGGAUACACUGAUGAAACGGGAAAAGUUCGCAUUGUCGAAUAUGGCGCCAACAAAUAUGGCUUCCAACCAUCCGGAGAAGGCAUUACCGUAGCGCCUCCUACUCUUGUCGACGAAACAACCGACAAAAAUGGAAAUUUAUUGCCUGAUUACGAAGACGAGCCUGUUCAACGUGCUCCUGCUCCCAAAUAUCGCCCACAAAAAGCUCCUCGUCCUAUUUCUCCGCCGCAGCAGCAGCAAUAUUACGAGUACGAAACUCAACCAAUUCAACAAAAUUAUCAACAUCAACCAGCAGCUCCAAAAUACACAGCGCCUAUUGCUCCUUCGACAAGAAUUAGUGCUCCUGCUCCUCCAAGACUUCAAAUCCCGGGUGCCCAACAAGCUCCUUUAGAUGUCGUUUAUUCGAAAACUCCUCGCCCAGCUCGAUUUGACGAUUAUGAAGAUGUUGGUCCUCAAACAUUCCCUCAGCAACAGCAGCAUCAACCUCAGGCACGUAAAGAUGCUUUCCCCGCACAAUUGUUCACGCAAGCUGCUCCAUCGCCCCCAAAACAAAACCAAGUAGCGUAUCAAGCUCCUCGUUUGCAACAAGCGCCGCAAAACUUUGCCCCGCAAGGACGCAGCUCAGGAGGCGGCGUUUUGGAUCAAUUGGCGAAAGACUAUGCUUUACCGUCGGGCGGCACUCCAUUGCAUGACAUCUCCUUCGGUUACUAUUAAAUGUUGUUUUGAAUCU